AGCCCGCCCCCGGCCCAGGGUGCGAAUCCGGUGCCGGGGAGCGACUGGCGAUGCUGGAGGUUUCUGAGCCGAAGCGGCUGCAGCUGGCGCCGCGUCUGCCCCGCGUGCCCGGAGCAGAUUCUGCCCGCCGCCCCCGGAGCCCUCGGCGCCCUGCUGAGCCCACGAUCCUUUCCUCCCCGUGACCGACCGGCGCUGCAGCUUAUAGCUUGGCAAUGCCGUUUGGGUGUGUGACUUUGGGCGAUAAGAAGAACUAUAAUCAGCCAUCGGAGGUGACUGACAGAUAUGAUUUGGGACAAGUCAUCAAGACCGAGGAAUUCUGUGAAAUCUUUCGGGCCAAGGACAAGACAACAGGCAAACUGCACACCUGUAAGAAGUUCCAGAAGCGAGAUGGCCGCAAGGUGCGGAAGGCAGCCAAGAAUGAGAUAGGCAUCCUGAAGAUGGUGAAGCACCCCAACAUUCUGCAGUUAGUGGAUGUGUUUGUGACCCGCAAAGAGUACUUCAUUUUCCUGGAACUGGCCACGGGGAGAGAAGUGUUUGACUGGAUCCUGGACCAGGGCUACUACUCUGAACGAGACACAAGCAAUGUGGUGCGGCAGGUGCUGGAGGCUGUGGCCUACCUGCACUCACUCAAGAUUGUGCACAGGAAUCUCAAGCUGGAGAACCUGGUUUACUAUAACCGGCUGAAGAACUCUAAGAUUGUCAUCAGUGACUUCCACCUGGCUAAGCUUGAGAAUGGUCUCAUCAAGGAGCCCUGUGGGACCCCCGAGUAUCUGGCCCCGGAGGUGGUGGGCCGGCAGCGGUACGGACGCCCUGUGGACUGCUGGGCCAUUGGAGUCAUUAUGUACAUCCUGCUUUCAGGCAACCCACCCUUCUACGAGGAGGUAGAAGAAGAUGACUAUGAGAAUCACGACAAGAAUCUCUUCCGCAAGAUCCUGGCUGGUGACUAUGAGUUCGACUCUCCAUAUUGGGAUGAUAUCUCACAGGCAGCCAAAGACCUGGUUACAAGGCUGAUGGAGGUUGAGCAAGAUCAGCGGAUCACUGCAGAAGAGGCCAUCUCCCAUGAGUGGAUUUCUGGCAAUGCUGCUUCUGAUAAGAACAUCAAGGAUGGUGUGUGUGCCCAGAUUGAAAAGAAUUUUGCCAGGGCCAAGUGGAAGAAAGCCGUCCGAGUGACCACCCUUAUGAAGCGGCUCCGGGCGCCAGAGCAGUCUGGUGCAGCCGCAGCACAGUCGGCCUCAGCCACAGAUACUGCUGCCCCUGGGGCUGCUACAGGUGGGGCCGCAGCUGCAGCUGCCGCAGCCCCUGGGAGCAGUGCCACCCCAAUCACGGAGGGUGAUGCAGCCUGUGCUGCAAAGAGUGAUCAUGUGGCCUCUGCAGACCGUAGUGCCACCCCGGCUACAGACGGCAGUGUGACCCCAGCCACAGACGGCAGUGUUACUCCAGCCACCGAUGGGAGCAUCACACCGGCCACUGAUGGCAGUGUCACCCCAGCCACUGACAGGAGCGCUACUCCAGCCACUGAUGGGAGAGCCACGCCAGCCACAGAAGAGGGCGCUGUGCCCACUACUCAAAGCAGUGCCACGCCAGUUCCCAAGGCAGCUGCCAUCCCAGAGCCGGCUGUGGCCCAGCCGGACAGCACAGCCCUAGAGGGCGCCACAGGCCAGGCCCCACCCUCUAGUAAAGGGGAAUUGGCUGCUGGCUCUGUGCAGGAGGUCCGGAGGGAGGCCAGCUGAGUGGGCAGCCUGGUUGGAGGGGAGGGGUCAGGGGAUGGGCAGGAGGGGAGUAGAGUAGCUGAGGGGCUUCUCAUGUACAUAGAGUCACUGGCAUGAUGCUCUCGCUUCCCCAAGCCCCCUCCAUCCCAGGGGGGCAUCCCUGGGGAGCCACGGGAGAGCAGUCCUGGCUCCUGUGUAUAUGUAUGUGUGUGAGUGGUGGGCAGGCCAGAGGCAGGGCCAGCCCCAGCCCUUGCAUGGAUUUCUCGUGGCUUCUUCUGUCUUAUGCUAGCUUCACCAGUUUCUGUUCCUUGUGGGACACUGUUCUAGGGAUACUUGGGGGAGUGGGGUGUCCCCACUCUCCUUUCCCUAUCUCUUUGGCCUCACCACCUCCCCCCCUGCCCAGGCAGACUCUGCAGGUCCCAUACUCUCCCAGGCCCUAAACAUGGGUGGCCUUGCCCUGAGAGCUGGUCCUCCAGCGAGGCCCUGUCAGUGGUCUUAGGCUCCUGAGCAAGAGGAUGUGCACCUUGGCUACAUGCUGCUCCUGGAGUGGAUGCAGGCUGGUAGAGAGGAUGUAGAAAUCUAGGGCAGGAUACUUCAAGGAUUGAUCACAUGGCUGGGGGCACUGCUUGCUAGCUGUGGGGUUCCUUAGAAUUGGAAGAAAAUGGUAGGAGGGUAGAAGUCUCCAUCUCUGUCCAUGGGAAGUCCCCCCAAAGACCUUUGCAUGAUUUGCCCUGCUGAUUCCUAAAGUGGGGUGCCCCGGACUUCCUGAGCCUCAGGGAGAAAGGAACAAUGAGGGUGUGGCCAUGAGACCUGGGAGAGCAGAGGGAGGGCCCAGCACUUACUGGCCCAGUUUAGCUGCAACCUUAUCCUGGGGCCAGACAAGGAGAACGCUUAUCCCCUCGCUUGUCCUGGAUGCCAGUGCCCACAGGCUCAGCCAGCAAGUCUUCUUUAUCCCAGGGGCCCUGCUGCAUGGCAGUACCUUGGGGGUUUGUGAUUCACAGGGCAGAUUUUGUUUUGUUUUUCAAUUCUUCAACAAAAUGGAGGAAUAUUCCAAAGGCUCCCAUCCAGGGCCCUGGUACCCUUGAGUCAUGUUGGGUUGCUUUUGCUGGGAUGAGGUCACGUGACCCUCCCCAGUUCCAGUUCCCCACAGGAGAUUCCUGAUGGGUACCCUCAAUCAGACCGCACCACAGCCUGGACAGGCAGCCACCCCAGUCCUUGCCCUUGCUCGGCACUUGUGGUGGUCCUGCCCUUCUCCCUGCAUGCCCAUGGGUCUGCUCUGGUAUGUGAAGGUUGGUGGGCAAACUGUGUGCCUGCUGAACCUGGCAAAUAAAUGUCACCCCGCAAA